UGAAUAACUGUGUAACGUUGAUUUGAAUAAUUAAGGAGAGUUCGAGCUCGCUGAUGCUAGGCGAGAAGCUGUGCGCGGUGUUCAAACCACUGAUUGGCCUCGUUGAGGCUUUCAUCUUCAGCUUACUUGGUUGCUUCGAUCGACAACGGCCUCAUCAGCGCUUCUCCUACACUUACGACGACAUCGUUCGCCUUGCUGCCAGCUCUCCAUUUACUGUAAAUGAGGUGGAAGCAUUGCGCGAAUUGUUCAACCAGUUGAGUAGUUCGAUUCUUGAUGAUGGCUUAAUUCACAAGGAGGAGCUCAGGUUGGCGCUAUUCAAAACUCCAGCAGGUGAAAAUCUUUUCCUGGAUAGGGUGUUUGAUGUUUUCGACGAAAAGAAAAAUGGUGUGAUUGAAUUCGAGGGGUUUGUCCAUGCACUUAGUGUUUUUCAUCCAUGUGCUCCUCUUGAAGACAAGAUUGAUUUCGCAUUUAGGUUGUAUGAUUUGAGACAAACUGGAUAUAUUGAGCGGGAAGAAGUCAGGCAAAUGGUAGUUGCCACUUUGUUGGAAUCUGGCAUACAUGUGCCAGAUGAAACUCUGGAAGCGAUCGUCAAUAAGGCAAGAAUUACCGAUGCUAAAACUUCUUCUGUAUGUUUCCCUUAUUCUGAAGUUUUACACUCUCAAAGUUCUCUUUCGUUGCUCAGACAUUUGCAGAUGCUGAUUCUGACAAGGAUGAUAAAAUUAGCAAAGACGAAUGGAAAGCUUUUGCUCUUCAGCACCCAACACUUCUAAAGAACAUGACGCUUCAACAUUUAAAGGACAUCACGACAGUCUUCCCGAGCUUUAUUUUCAACACCGAAGUCGAAGACUAAUGUUGGCAAUGCUAUUCCUAAAGUAAGCUUGGAUGCUGAGGCAUAGGUUAGAUGAUAUGGUGCGUUGUGGGAUUUUCUGGCUUGUGAUUUUUACUGCCUUGAAAGUUCCCUCACUUCAACUGGCUUGGGAUUGAGAAAGUGAAAAGCAGCCCCAGCCUCAACCUCAUCAAGAACCUCGUUUGGAAAUGGCAGCACACCACGUCCCUUUCCGUCAUCAAAAUCAGUUUCAAUUCUUCGGCCAGUCCAGUACUCUGCAGUGUCCUGAAAA